CGUGACGUCAUUACGUAACCGGAAAAGAAUUGAAAUAUUCUGGGUUGAGGUUAUCAGCGAAGCACCGCGCAGCCAGCAGCUAACGGGCAGCCAGCAGCAGAGUCAACUUGGGGCUUCCCUCAACACAUCCACUUAGGUUUUGGAUGUCCCUGGGGCGCAUGGAUACCACGUUGAAACGGUCGGCGAAGUGUUUUGCGGGUAAGAGAUCUUCCAGCUAAUGUUAGCUAGCCGCAGCCAGCCACGGAUCCUACGGUGUGGACUUGAGAGUGGAGAGGCUCGGUGCUGCUGCCCACUCUGCUGACGGACGGACACUGGUGUUAACCUGAACAAUGGGCCUCAUAUUCGCCAAACUGUGGAGCUUCUUCUGUAAUCAAGAGCACAAGGUGAUAAUUGUUGGACUAGACAAUGCAGGGAAAACCACUAUACUCUACCAAUUUCUGAUGAACGAGGUGGUCCAUACGUCUCCCACCAUCGGAAGCAACGUGGAAGAAAUAGUGGUGAAGAACACACACUUCCUGAUGUGGGAUAUAGGGGGGCAAGAGUCACUCAGGUCCUCCUGGAACACCUACUACUCCAAUACAGAGUUCAUCAUACUGGUGGUGGACAGCACAGACAGAGAGAGGCUGGUCAUCUCUAAAGAGGAGCUCUACAGGAUGUUGGCUCAUGAGGACCUGCGCAAAGCAGCUGUGCUGAUAUUUGCCAACAAGCAGGAUAUGAAGGACUGUAUGUCUGCAGCAGAAAUCUCCAAAUACCUCACCCUGAGCUCCAUCAAAGACCACCCCUGGCACAUACAGUCCUGCUGUGCACUUACAGGAGAAGGUUUAUGCCAAGGUCUUGAGUGGAUGACCUCCAGAGCUGGACUCAGAUAGCCCCUCCCUCAGCCAUUGAUGGCCUCACUACCUGCACCACCCACGGUUGGUGGCAAAACAGCUGGCCUAUAGUUACUUUUUAUUUGUAAUGACAGAAUUGGACACUGACUUCUGCAGACAGCACAGUAUGGAAGGACUGCACGUCUAAUAGUUACAGUGGAACUGAUACAUUUCCCAGUCAAUGAAAAGAUUACCAGAACUUAUGAACUUACCUGGUUGUGGAACGAGGGUUGGGUUUGGAAUAAAAGAGGAGAAGACUAUUAUCUCAGUUCAAAGGAUGUCCAGGAGUGAGGCAGGGCUGCACUGGACACUGAUCAUUUAUACUACACACAUCAUGUUACAUUACACUAUCAUUUCAGAGUAUGCCAUAAAUGUCACAGGGAUGCGACGUUUGAAAAAAAAUAUGAUGCAGCUGUUAUUUUAUUUUUUAGCCUAAAAAUACAUUUGUUCAUGUACAGGUAAAAUUUAACAGGUCAAACAAAGGUAUUAUAAGCAGUAUUGUAAACCAAUUUUGAUGGUGAUGGUGGCACCGAGUUUUGCACAGAGCUCAGCUGUGUGUUUACACAAUAUCAUUACAAUUUGUUUUUUCUGGUCUCAACAUCUGUUACAUGACUUUUCAGUUUCAUAAGCUUCUCUGUUGGUGGUCAUCCUCACACUACUACAUACUGGUGUUAUAUUGUGGUGAAAAUCUUUUUAUUAACUUUGAGCCUUUACUUGUAUGUUAUUGAGCCAAAUUGUCUUGAUUGGCAUGCAAAGCUUUUCCUUAAUCUAACCCUUGGAACAAAUGGAAAUUACUUCUGCUAUUAAUUCAAAUUAGCAAACCAUGAAAUUACUGAAAUGUGAUUUCAAAUGCCAGUACCAAGCUCUGUUUUAACAGUAUUUUAAACACUUUUACACAAAUGUCAUUGAUGCAUUGAUUUUUAUUUAAUUUUAUUCUUUUAUUAUUGCUUUUAUUGCCUGCUUCAUUUUGUUGCAGGUUAGCAUCUUGACCCAUUUUGUAUUAACAGAUGACCAUUGGUGCUCCACUAGUGUGACAGAUCUACUGCAUCCUAAUAUAACAUUUCAGUAAUUUUUUGCUGCCAUUUUGGCAUGUAUUCCUCUUAAUGUUUUGUACUUUAUAAACAAAGGGAUCAGAAUAAGCCAUCCUCCAUUACUCAUUAACCACCUGGACUUUGUUCAGUGGUUUAGUAGCCAAUUAAGAUGUUAAAUCAAUAUUUUGGCCAUCAUAAUUUAAGCAUAACUGUAGUUUUAUCUAAAUCCUCAGCCUUAAAGAAGCUGUUGCAAGUGUUUGGAUGAUCAUGUGUAUGAAAGUUUUUUUUACCCAUGUUUCCUUCUUUGACACAGUAUAAGAAUUCUUGAACUUGCUAAAAGAUCUAUGCACAUGUCACUUUGAAACAAAGUUCUGUAGUGGCCAAAAGAGAGGAUGUGCAUAAGUUUCAGUUAGUCUGAACCAAAGUAGUGACAUGGUAAAGAUCUUGGUGUGGGGAAAGCUGCUGAGUGUCAAUAUAUUAGCAAUGGUUGUGAGACAGUAUUUUUACACUUAACGGAAAAAAUGUGAACUGUGUAGCCCCUAGACUCUUUGCAGCAUUAAGGUUUACAAAAUAUUUACCAUGAUCUCACAAAUCAAAGGGACUGAUCUUAUACCCUCAGUGUGGUGGUGUAUAAUCUGGGUCAUGUACUGUAUUUCAGUUUGUUUUCAAUAAAAGUUUGUUUUAAACAUUGA